AUAACUUUCCUCUGACGCCCAGUAGGCUAAUCAAUCUUUAUGCGAGUGUGAUAUGAAAACAAUCUAGAUUCGGAAAUUAAAUGUAGAAAAGAUCAGCAAAAGUCCCAGCGUUUAUCUGUAGCAUGGACGACCACAAAGGAAAGGUGUUUCUAAUUACAGGUGCCAGUUCUGGUAUAGGUGAGGGCAUCGCCGUCCACAUGGCUAGGUGUGGCGCAAGUUUGUCACUCACGGGAAGAAAUGAGGUCAAUUUAGAGACUGUAAAGGAAAGAUGUCUGAAGGAGGGUUUAUCACCGGAAAAAAUACUGCUUUCCGUAGGCGACAUUUCAUCCAGAGAAUUUAGAGGGUCACUAGUGGAUCAAACAAUACAAACUUUUGGAAAGCUUGAUGUUCUGGUAAAUAAUGCGGGGAUGGCAAAGUCCAUAGAGAUAUCCAAGGAUACAGAGGAAAACUUUGAUCAAAUUAUGGACGUCAACAUCAAAGCGGCGUAUUUUCUUACCCAGAAGGCUAUACCAUAUCUGAAGGCGACGAAGGGCUGCAUCAUUAACAAUUCCAGUGUUCUUUCAACCUGUGUCAUUCCGGAAAUAUCUGAGAAUUGUGUCUACUCUAUGACUAAAGCAGCAAUGGAUGCAUUCACCAGAAAUUUAGCUAUUGAAUUAGCGCCCUUCGGAAUUCGGGUAAAUAGCGUAAGACCAGGAAUAACAAUGAGUAACCUUGCGAGACAUAACAUAACAGAUGAAGAAACCUUUAAUAAGAUGAUGACGAAAUUCGGAAGCGAGAAUCCCUCUGGACGGAAUGGUACGCCUGAAGAUGUGGCCAAUGCUGUAGCAUUCUUGGCGUCUGACAAAUCAUCAUAUAUAACAGGACAGGACAUUGUUAUUGAUGGCGGACGUUUUGUUCAAUAUUAAUUUAAAUACCAUUGC